CGACAAACACUCGCAGAGUUAACAUCUCCGAGAAACCUCUGUAGAAAAACUAAAUAGCAAACUUCAAAAAUAUGGCCGUUGAAUGCUAUGACGGUGCAAUUUAUGUUAACAAGAUUCUCUCUGAAAGAAGAAAGGCAAAGAAGCCUUUGAUGGAAAAAAUGCGUAGAGCAAGAAUCAAUGACAGCUUGAAUGAAAUGAAGGGCUUGGUUCUAGAUCUCCUGCAUAAAGAUGCUUCUCGUUAUUCCAAAAUGGAGAAGGCUGAUGUUCUUGAGAUGACUGUGACUUAUCUUAAAGCUUUACAGCGAAAGGAUUGCCGCUCUGAAGAUCCUCAGUCACUAGCCGAGUACAGAGCAGGCUUCAAUCAGUGUGUGAGCGAAGUCAACAGAAGCACGACCUGUGGAGGAAGCGAGCAACUCAGGGAAAAACUCUUGUCACACUUGGCUUCAUGCUGCCAUAGCAACGCCACUAAUCAUGUCGCCACGAGCCACGCGUCAGGGAUUCCCGCCAUGACUCCGAGUUUUCCCGCCAUUGCGCCAAACAACGUCUGGGUUCCAUAUCCUUCACCACCGCCAUCUCCAACAAACCAAGCUGCAAUUUUUAUUCCUAUAACAAGUCCAGUGAAAACUGAAAUGCUAAGAAUAGCAUCUCCGGUCAGUCCAUCGGCGGUUCAAACACAGAAAAUCAGCCUCUCGCCCGCGUGUUCUCCAAGCGCCGCUACAAAGACACCGCUAUGGCGUCCUUGGUAACCAAUGAACUCUGAACUGUAUUUAAAAUACUAGAAAUAAGCGCUACAAAGAAGACGCUCACGCAAAUCCACGGCAGGAUUCCUGUCAUAAUUUAACGCACUGAGUGUGGUUUCGAUAUUUGCUUUUCUUCGCCGGCGUAAAUAAUUAUUGUAUAUAGCUUUUUUAAAGAUUAUUAUGAAUGACAGAGUGAAAGAGAUUAUUUGUAAAUUUUUAUGCAAAUUACUGCUUGGCAGUUUAUAAUA